AAAUCCUGUAUAAUAAUAAUAAUAUUGCCAAAAGUAUUGGGCCCGCCCUCCAAAUCAUGUGACUCAGGUGUUCCAAUCCCCUGCAUAUCAUGUGAUUCAGGUGUUCCAAUCCCCUCCAAAUCAUGUGAUUCAGGUGUUCCAAUCCCCUGCAUAUCAUGUGAUUCAGGUGUUCCAAUCCCCUCCCAAUCAUGUGAUUCAGGUGUUCCAAUCCCCUCCCAAUCAUGUGAUUCAGGUGUUCCAAUCCCCUCCAAAUCAUGUGAUUCAGGUGUUCCAAUCCCCUCCCAAUCAUGUGAUUCAGGUGUUCCAAUCCCCUCCCAAUCAUGUGAUUCAGGUGUUCCAAUCCCCUCCCAAUCAUGUGAUUCAGGUGCUCCAAUCCCCUCCAUGGACACAGGUGUAUACAAUCAA